AGCCCGUGAUACGUUGCUACAGCGUGUCAGUGAAACCCAUCUCGGGUCCAUUCGCAUCGUUCUCCCGAAACCCAGCGCCCAACGCCGCCACUCCUCCGCCGCCGCGUAACCGGAGAGAUGUCGAGGCUUGCGGCCGCCGCCCUCCGCGGCGCCCUCACCGCCUCUGGGGCGCGCUCGUGCUCGAUCUCAGUGGCAUUUCCCUCUGCAUCCUCUCGUCUCUUCUCAACUGACGCAUCCGGCGCCGUAGCGGGAUCACAGGACGACUCAUCGUCCGGCGAAGGCCAUACCUAUGGAAGGUUCUACACUAAUAUUUCUGGUGUCGGCCGUCUUGGCAAGAACAUGCUGAAGACUGACAUUAUCCAUUACCUUGACCAAUGUGAACUGUCACUGGAUGAUGUGAAGAUUGAUUACAACAAGGGGUUUUAUCCCAUGGGCGCAUUAUUGAAGUUUCCUUCGGUGGAAUCAUUUGAGAAAGCAGUCAGGCAAACAAUUCAGGGUCGCAUGUACAGGCUUGAGAGGGUGAGUCCUGAUGAGUGGGAACACAAGAUAUCUUUGAAUGGAAAAGCUGUACUGUUGCAAGGAGUCCCUCGAAACGCUCAAGUUGAUGACAUAGAACGUUUCUUGUGCGGCACUAACUAUGAAGCUCCUCCAUUUGAAAACUCUAUCAGAGCUGGGGUCCCCGAGCCUGUAAGAAUGGUGCUGGUAAAGUUCGGCUCGAGGACUGAUGCAACCAAUGCCUUCAUUGCUAAAAACAAGGGUUUCUGUCUGAACAAUCCUGUUACCAUGCGGGUUAUUCAGUAAUCUAUCAGGUCUUAUCAUGUGUGUGUCACCUCCUUCCAAUCAACCUAGGAUCUGAAGCCCAUCGGCGCAUGUGAUAGAGAUGUGUACGCUCCAUUCAACCUGAUUUAUUAUGGGUUUUCUCUGCCACUUUAUUGUACCAUUUUCGUUGUCAACCUGGACCUUGUGCUCGUGCUUAGGUUGCAGGUUUUCCUGCGACGACAGAAGUAGCUAAACGAGUUAAUCUAAUAAAUGUUAAUACACACCACUUUCUUGCUGGCA